CUUCCAGAAGAAAACACUGGUCUCGUUUGGGCUUAGUUACAACAUUUGUUUUUAUUUAUUUUUUUAUCAAAGUAAUUAAACAAAACCAAAAAAAAAAAAAAUCUUCUCUUUGCCCCCCCUCCCCUCCACUCCCACCUCCUCUCAUGCCGCCGCUACGGCUCCGGAGAAGGGGCGACCUGUGACGGACCGAGCGGGCUUCUCCGUGAACAUGGCGUGCAUCGGGGACGCGGACCCCUUCACCGCCGCGAUACCUGCCACCAAAGUUGAGCUGACUGUCUCCUGCAGGAACCUGCUGGAUAGAGACACGUUCUCCAAGUCUGAUCCAAUUUGUGUUCUGUACACUCAAGGGAUCGCCAACAGAGAAUGGAGAGAGUUUGGCAGGACAGAAGUCAUAGACAACACCCUCAAUCCCGACUUUGUCCGCAAAUUCAUCAUGGACUACUUCUUCGAGGAGAGGCAGAAUCUUCGUUUUGACCUGUACGACUUGGACUGCAAGAGCGACAACCUCUCUAAACACGAUUUCUUGGGCCAGGCUUUCUGUACGUUGGGUGAAAUAGUCGGCUCCCUGGGAAGUCGCCUGGAAAAACCACUGAUUGGAAUUCCAGGAAAGAAAUGUGGCACCGUCAUCAUUAGAGCAGAGGAGCUGAGCAACUGCAGGGAGUCGGUGAUGCUUCAGUUUUGUGGCAACAAGUUGGAUAAGAAGGACUUCUUUGGCAAAUCGGAUCCUUUCCUUGUGUUUUACCGCAGCAACGAAGACGGGUCCUACACCAUCUGCCACAAAACAGAAGUGGUGAAGAAUACCCUGGACCCGGUGUGGCAGGCUUUUAAAAUUCCCGUCAGGGCGCUGUGCAACGGAGACUAUGACAGGAGCAUUAAGGUGGAAGUUUAUGACUGGGACAGAGACGGAGGACAUGACUUCAUCGGCGAAUUCAGCACCAGCUACAGAGAAAUGUGCAGAAGCCAGUCACAGUUCCAUGUCUAUGAGGUACUAAAUCCGAAAAAGAAAGGGAAGAAGAAGAAGAAGUACCAAAACUCAGGAACGGUGACCCUCCUGUCCUGCCUGGUGGACACUGAGCUGUCCUUCCUGGACUACAUCAGAGGCGGGACACAGAUUAAUUUCACGGUGGCAAUUGAUUUCACGGCAUCAAACGGCAACCCAUCCCAGCCCACCUCGCUCCAUUACAUGAGCCCGUACCAGCUGAAUGACUACGCCGUGGCCCUGCGCGCCAUUGGGGAGAUCAUCCAGGACUACGACAGCGACAAGUUGUUUCCUGCGCUGGGAUUCGGUGCCAAGCUCCCACCAGAUGGGCGUGUCUCCCACGAGUUUCCCCUGAACGGUAACCCUCAGAACCCGUACUGCAGCGGUAUUGACGGCGUGAUGGAGGCCUACUACCAGAGCCUGAAGAGUGUGCGCCUGUACGGACCCACCCAUUUCUCCCCUGUUAUCAACCAUGUGGCCAGGUAUGCAUCGGCGGUGACGGACGGAUCGCAGUACUUCAUCCUUCUCAUCAUUUCGGAUGGCGUGAUCACUGACAUGGCGCAGACCAAGGAGUCCAUUGUAAAUGCCGCUUCUCUGCCAAUGUCAAUUAUAAUAGUUGGAGUUGGACCUGCAGAAUUUGAUGAAAUGAUUGAGCUGGACGGGGACGAAGAGAGGAUCUCAUCCCAGGGACGAUAUGCAGAAAGGGACAUCGUUCAGUUUGUUCCUUUCAGAGACUACAUCGACCGGCGAGGAAACCACAUUCUGAGCAUGGCUCGUCUGGCUAAAGAAGUGCUCGCCGAAAUCCCCGACCAGUUUCUCUCCUACAUGAGGACCCGAGGGAUCAAACCAGGCCCCCAGCCGCCACCUUAUACCCCGUGUCCGCCCCCGGCCAUCCACCCGCUCCACACCAGACGGGUAAGCCGGAUCUGAAGGACCGAGGCCCCCAACCCUCUGCAUCGGCUUAGCCAACUUUUACUGGCUUCCGAUCUUCUCUUUGAGCUUCCUUUUCUCGCUAUAGUCUUCACUGGAAGCCUGUGAGCACAUGGUGAACUUCACCCGCUGUCUCGCGUUGCACUUUCAGGAACGUUUGGCUGCAGCGCGUAGCCCUGACUUGGGGAUGCUGCCAUUAUUUCAGCGACAGGACUUUGCGCUCGGGCAAUUUUGACGGCCGCGGCGGUUGGAAAUUUCUGGAUUUCCAACCAGAGGAAAUCCAACGAAGAGGAGAAGGAACAGGACGUCCGGAAAAGGUCCGGACUAGUGAGACUCUUUGGUCACCAACACUGUCCGCUCCUCUUUGUUCUUCUGCAUUCACUUCCUGAACCUUUCACAAAAUCUCUUGAUACUUCAAUGUUUACAUGGGGAAAGCGGAGAGGGUUUUUUUUUCAGGUGAUAAAUGAUUUAUACCGAUCAAUGUGAAAACCUUUCAGAGUCAUAUUUUUCACCUGUAGAACCAGGAGGUUGUGAAUUUAAAAACAUUUAGGCCCUGAUGCCAUUUUCUUUUCCCACUACAUGUACAGCAAUUAUACUCUGUUUCUUUUUAAAUAAAUAGAGCAUGUUUUAGUGUAGAAGAAGCAUGCAAUGUCGUCCCACACUCAGGGCUUGUCCCCUCCACACCGCCGCUAACGCUGCUACGUACCGCCACAGACGAACCCGUCACCACCUGAGAUCUUCCCUCCUUCCGCUCCGCCCACCUCGGCUCCAGCAGGACGCUGCGCUCCCUGGGGGUUGGGUCAAAUCAAAUGCAGCAGGGACUCCAACCAGCCUUACUGUUAAUGUCAGAAAACAUUCACAGGCAUUGUCCCCUCUACACUAUGGCUUCUGGAAAUGAGGAUCUCCAAGCCCAGCAGUCAAAAACACACACCUCUCUUUACAGAGUUUCUCUGACUGUGAGCUGCAAUCUACAGCGGCGUUAUUUUUGUGAAAAUACACCUGCAUUUCAGAGGCAUCGCUGUGUUUUGGUUAUGUCUCUCUACCUCUUACUUUACUCUGUACACAAUAUAAAUGUCACUUCUUUUCUUGUAAAUAACAAGUAUUGUGAGUUAUGUUGGUUAAAGCUGCAGUAUGUAAGUUUUAUUUUUUUUAAAUUGUUAAUUUUUUUUACAUAUUUCUUAAAACUCUCACUAUGUUGCGACAAUUUGAUAUGAGAAAGAUAAUCUGAAAAGAUUGAUCUCCUCCACCUCCUCCCUGAGCUGCUGUUGCUGUCUGAAGAAUUGCACCGCGCC